AAUUUCCAAGUCAACUUUGAAGUCUUACUGAUCGCUCUGCCUCUCUCUCUCUCUCUCUCUCUCUCUCUAUAUAUAUAUAUAUGUAUGUUUUGAUGCAAGCCAUAGCCAGCUCCCAUACCUCUGUACUAUAGUUUAAUUGGCAACUCACUUUGGCAACUAGCUAGCUAUUGAGACUCCGUGAGAAAAACGCUAUGGUGGUUGCCGCACCGACUGGCGGAGGCCCUAUGGGCUCUGCCGACAUUAGGAACCUCGCGGUCCAGGUCCUGACGGGCCGGUGGUUCAUGGUAUUCGCAUCCUUCCUUAUCAUGGCGGCAGCCGGGGCAACCUACAUGUUCGGCUUCUACUCUUCCGACAUAAAAAUGGCCUUGGGCUACGACCAGACAACCCUGAACCUGCUCAGCUUCUUCAAGGACCUUGGCUCCAACGUCGGGAUACUGUCAGGGCUCAUCAACGAGGUUACCCCGCCGUGGGUUGUCCUCUCCAUGGGGUCCGUUCUCAACUUCUUCGGAUACCUUAUGAUCUGGCUCGCCGUGACCAAGCGAAUCGCCAGGCCUGCUGUCUGGCACAUGUGCCUCUACAUCUGCAUAGGCGCCAACUCCCAAUCGUUCGCCAACACCGGGGCUCUUGUGACAUGCGUGAAGAACUUCCUGGAGAGCCGGGGCGCGGUGCUCGGGAUACUCAAGGGAUAUGUUGGCCUUAGUGGUGCUAUCAUAACUCAACUCUUCUAUGCUUUCUAUUACCAUGACACCAAGGCCUUGAUAUUGCUUAUAGGUUGGCUCCCUGCAGCCAUAUCCUUUGCCUUCCUUAGGACUAUUAGGAUCAUGAAGGUGAUUAGGCAGCCCAAUGAGCUCAAGGUGUUCUACAACUUCCUCUACAUUUCUCUCGGGCUAGCGACAUUCCUCAUGAUCAUGAUUAUAACCGAGAAAAAGGUGGAUUUCACAAGGAGCGAAUACGGGGCAAGUGCUGCUGGGGUCCUCUUCUUGCUCUUCCUCCCGCUAGCCGUCGUCAUCAUAGAGGAGUACAAGCUUUGGCUUGCCAAGAGGCAAGCUCUUAAUGACCCUUCCCCCCUCAACAUCACCACGGAAAAACCGAAACCGGAGGAUCAACUCCCCGGGACUGUGCCUGUCGUGUCCCAGCCAGAGCUAGCCGUGGAAAAACAGCCUUCAUGCUGGCGGACCGUGUUCAGGCCUCCGGAACGUGGUGAGGACUACACAAUCCUACAGGCACUUUUCAGCAUUGACAUGCUGGUCCUCUUCCUCGCGACCAUAUGCGGGGUAGGAGGGACCCUGACUGCGAUCGACAACUUGGGACAGAUAGGGAGCUCGCUGGGCUACCCGAAGAAAAGCAUAGGUACCUUCGUUUCCCUCGUGAGCAUCUGGAACUACCUUGGACGGGUCACGGCGGGCUUUGUUUCGGAGAUAUUCCUGACCAAGUACAAGUUCCCACGACCGCUCAUGCUCACCAUAAUCCUCCUAGUAUCAUGCGCCGGCCACAUACUCAUUGCCUUCGAUAUCCCCGGCGGACUGUACAUAGCAUCAAUCAUUAUUGGGUUCUGUUUCGGAGCCCAGUGGCCCCUCCUCUUUGCUAUCAUAUCAGAGGUGUUUGGGCUCAAGUACUAUUCCACACUCUACAACUUCGGUUCGGUGGCCAGCCCCGUCGGGCUGUACAUCCUCAACGUUCGGGUGACAGGCCACCUUUAUGACCGCGAGGCUCUGCGGCAGCUAGCAGUGAAGGGCCUCGAGAGGAAGAAAGGAGAGUCCCUCGAUUGCAGCGGCGUCAAAUGCUUCCAACUCGCUUUCAUCAUAAUCACUGCGGUGACCUUGUUGGGGGUCCUCGUUUCGCUCAUCCUGGUGGUUAGGACAAGGAAGUUUUACCGGAGUGACCUUUAUAGGAAGUUCCGGGAGGAGGCUAAGGCGGCCGAGGCUGAGAUGGCAACGCCAGCCACAAUCGGGAACGGAGUUGCGGUUGCUUCGGCAGUACAGCAGGCAAACAAACGGUAGGGUUGGAAUAUAAUAUCGUAUGCCAGUUUGAGUCGACUAGUCAAUGUAACCAUUACUAGUAUGAUCUCGUAUCAUUGAACUGUGUGUCUUGAUCCAACAUAAUUUAAUGAGCCUAAAGUAGUAUACAAGAUCACGAGAUGAAAUUCCAAAGCAGUUUUUAGUUGAUUUACAGCCACAAAAACGAUCACAUUUGAUACUCAUAGUAUAAUAUAGGUCGAUAGAGACAUAGAGUGUAUGUUGCUCGAAAGGAAAUACGAAAAGUUUAGUAGACAUCGCCAUCCCUUGCUCCUAAA